UGCUGUCACAAGUCACAACAACACAACUUCUGUUUUGAAAUCCAUAGAACAGUGCCAUUAGACGCUCUUUUUAUGGAUUUUCAUAAGAAAAAUAAACCUAACUACGACAGAGUGAUGUCUCGCGUGUUCAACCGGUCUCAUACUAGUCUAAGACCUAGUUCAAAUGUGACACGACACGAAGUACCGUCGUCAGUGCGCGUUGGCGCGAAACCAUCUGUUUCGGCCGUGAGUUCUAGUGUUUUUAGUGAACUUCCAACGGUGUUAAAUGACUAUGUGCCCGAAGUGCACGUAGAAAAAGUAGCUAAAAGGCCGUUAGUAAGGCCUAGAAGAACUUUAAAGUCUCUAGACCCUGGUAAAGCUAAGUCUCCGUCGAGAACAUCUCGAGCGCGCGGAAGUGCUAAUGUUAGUAAUAUUAGGGCUCGCAGCUCGGUGCCUACGGUGUUGAGUAACAACGGAGAGGAGUGGUCGGAGUCUCACGUUCGACAAUGCUAUAGUAGCAGGUCUCACACCAGACUGAAGGAAUUGAAGGAUGAAAUAAAAGCUUUCCGUGAGACAGAUAAACUCUUGAAGAUACGUAGUCACCUUUACAAGAGCUGCGGUGUGGUGCUAGAUGAUGUUGGGAAUGUAGCUCAAGACAAGGCGGUCCAGGCUGACCCCGAACCAGAAAAGGAAAUUUCGUCUUCAAGAACGGAGCGGCGAUCGGAUGCCGGAGCCCCUGUGCCUGACCAACAGAUGAGGCCCGGACCGCGGUACCCCGUCGAUCGAUAUUUGGUUGAGCGCAGCAAGAUUGAAAUGGUAAACAUCAUAGACGACGAUAUAUGGAAGCCGGAGCCGGCCCUCCGGCCUGAAGAGGAAAUUAUACUCAGAAAGUUGCAUGAAAUGCUGCAAUCGACUGCAGACGACCUGAAGCUGCUAUCUGGAGAACUGGCGCAGCGCGAGCCAGGGAUGCGCGAGCGACCGCGGGCACCCCCCGCGCCGCUUGACGACGACUUCAAUGAAAAGAUUCACAUCGAAGAAGUUGUUAAUGCCAAAUUUCACGGGUACAAAAUUAUCCAUAAUCCCCCAAAACCGAAACUAACAGAAAAUAUUAACAAACAUGAUAAAAAUGCUUUAAACAAUAACAUUCUACAAAAUGCGCCUAUAAAUAAUAAGCCGACAAGAACUAAACAGCUUACUAAAUCACGCACUAGAAUAGUUCAAAUUGAUGCCACAAAUAGUACAAAGCAAGAAAAAGGAGAUGUUAUUAUAAAACCUCAUAAAGAAACUGUAACUUACAAUGAAUUUACUUUUCAAUACCCGACCACAAAAGAAAAGAGUUUUGUUAAGGAUCUACAAGUACAAACCAUGCCUAGCAUUAACAUUAGAGGAGAAUUGAAGGAACAAAAAGUCUUACAAUUAGAUAUAGAACCAGAACCUGAUAAGAUUGAAAGCGAUUCAGAACCUAAACCUAAUGUUGGUGUCAUUUCUGUGCAGCAUGAGAUUUCUUCCUUAAAGGCUCCAGCGAUAAAAAACCCACAAACAUUUGUAUCCUCCCAUUUACCAGCUACAAUACAUAAAAAACCAACAAGAAAAGUCACAAAAAUUGUUACCUGCGAAAGUAGUACUUCAACUAACAAUGGUAAUUCUGGUUCCCAAAUAAAUUUAAACUUCCGCACAGCAAAAACUACUAGAGCUUCUUCUACAACUUCAUUACGUUCAGAUCAAAAUAGCAAAGGAAGCACGACAACUAAAGCUGAACCACAAAAACGAGCGCAUGUCAAUUUGGAUGAAUGGAGGAAAAAACUAAAUUCUGUCUAUGGAAAACCGUCAAGUUCGAAGAAAAAUAAACUGCCACCUAAAUCAAAGGGAGGUGGCAAGAAAAUAUCACCUAAAAAAGCUAAUCUACAACCAUCAAAUCUUUCAAAACCACAACCAAAAUUAUUGAACAACGCUCAGUACAUUCCGUAUUCACAAUUAACUUUAGGAGGUGUCAAUGUUAGCGAUAUUGAAAAAGAAAUAUCAAAUAUACCGAAUAAAAAUAAUAUACCACUUAGCCCUAUUCUAGACAAAAUAUUAAGUAGUCAAGAAAAUUCACGCAAUAACAGCCCAAGGAAAAAAGAUAAAGGAGACAGUUCGAAAAUAUUAACAACCUCCGAUGAAAACUUGCUACAGGAAGUAAUUGAUAUUGAAAAAACUGUCAAUAAAACUUUAUCUAAAAAUACUGAGAUAAAAGUCAGACACAAUAAGUCUCUAAAGUUAUCUAGUGAUAGUACCAACGAAGAUACAAAUGAACCUGAUAGUUACGCAGACGACUUUGAGGACGAGAAAUCAGACCAAUCAGAUAAAAAUAGCCGUGACAGUCAAUUAAAUUCAGGUAAUAAAUCUUCUGAUAAAGCGAAUACCAGUGGAAUGACUGAUAACAGUGCUGCCACAGAGGAAAAGGUGGAAUGUCCUAAAAGUAAAACAAGUAUGCAUAAUGUGCCGUAUUCAAAAACCCCCAAACUUUCAUUGAAAAAACGCGUGGAUAUUUUUGAGUUUGUACACAAUAUUGAUACUGAAGAUACUGCAACGCAAAGCCAAACCACUAAAAAGAUAUCUCUGAAAGAGACCCAAACUUCACCUAGAAAUGACAGUCCAAAUAUUUCAGUACAACCUAUUCACAACGAUCUUUGGCCUUCUGUGGAUCCAAGCAAGGAAAUCGAGAAAAUGUUUAAAUUGGAGAAGGAACUAAUUAAGAAGCUAAUCAUCGACGAAUAUGGGGAUUUACUACAAAGCUCCAUAGAUAAACCUUCCACUUCUAAAGCCAAUCAAGAUUAUUUACCCGCGAGUCUUAACAUAAAUGCGGCGCAAAAGGUGACGCAGACUUCACCAAAACAUGCGAAAAGUGUGAUGACUUCUCCCACACGAACCAAGACGAGAACCACUUCUCCCUUUCUUCUCUCUUUACCUGUCGAUCAUCAAACAAGUCCUAUUAUAUCUGUCACCACUGAGAAGGAUGUUAAGGUCGAAUUAGAACAGGAGCCCGAUGACCUCGGGAUAUCCAUAAAUUUGUCUUCCCCACGUUUCAGCCUUCGCUUACCAAACACAUCAGUCGAAGUUCUUUCCAAUUUGGAAAUCUGCAGUCGCUCGGCUCGCAGCGCCGAAAGAAAACGAGAAAGCAGUACUAGGAUAUCUAAAACUGUAAAGCAAAAUAUAACUAGCUCAACCUCAAUAGAUGCUGACAACUCUUCUUCAGAAAUUAGUAGUCUAGGAGAAGUAAAGUUUAAGCUUAAAAAGAAACUUAGAAGAAGAGUUUCUUCAUCAGAGUCUAGUAGUUCUUUGUCGUCCAUGUUAAGUGUAGAUAUCAAUUCUCUUGGCAUUCUGCCUUUGAGAAGUGAAGGAGAGGUUAGUUCAAAUCAUAGAUUUAAAAGUAGGAGCGCUAACUUACCUAGUAAAAGCGAAGGCGAAAUAAGUUUUGGUAAAAGAUAAAUCAUGGCUCUUGUCUUGUUGCAUCUGAUCUGAUUUUCGUUGCAUCUAUAUAGCCCAACCAUAUAACUCAGACAACUCUGUGUAUAUGUGUAAAACCAUUCUUAAAAUGCACACGCUAUCAGAAGUGUUUGCCUUUGCAUAUUAGUUAGAUUCGAACUGCAAACUCUAUUAACACUUAAAUAUGAGUGAGAGACAUCGACGGAGCGGUGUAUAUUUUAAAAUUGGUUUAACGCUUAUGCUUAGAAUAGCUUAAGCUUAGCUAGAAAGUACGAACUGGCAACCGAAUUGAAGCCAUUAUGACUAUGUAUUUCUGACAAAUUUUCCAUACGUAAUACGUAGUAGCUCUUUCACUGAUUACAAUAGCAAAAGAGACGGAGAUACUAGUAUUUUGGCUUCACUAUUUAUAGGUUGGGUCAAGGUUGCAUUUUACGGAACGCUUAUGGAACUAGGUUUCCGGGCUUUAUCAUUCUUAGGUUUAGACCUUUAGAUAAACAAAAUCUCAAAUUUAUAAGGCUAUCAUUGCCCUUAUAUUUUUCAGAUAACAGAUGUGUAUAAUACAACAAUCUAUAAUUCAAUGAAGAUACGAAUAAUCCCUUAGUGCCUUAUCUAUAGAAAACAUGUUAAAUAAAUGAAGUAUGUUUUCACCGUAAGUACAAAGUACAAAUUAAUGUUUAUUAUUUCUAUAUUCGCUUGUAUUGUCGAGGAGUUGAUAUUUGCAUCCAUUUUCUGUUCGAUUAUGAAUGAUUGCAUCGCGUUGUCAUUGUUGUAACAAAAUUAGGUUUCCUGUCUAUAUUUAAUGAUAUACGAAUUUAAAUAAUUUUGUACAUAUUCAUUUGUAAAUAUAUGUUUUUAAGUUGUGUGCCUAGUAGGUAUGCUUUUGAUCAAAUGAACUAGAAAUUAUUUUUAUAACUGAAUGUAAAUUUGACCUAAGUUAUCACAAUAUUUUGUGAUAUUAUUUUUUAUAUCUAUAUAAUAAGUAUCUAGUUUAUUACUAGUUAAUGUUAUGAAGUAAUAUUAAGAAUUGCCAUUUAGCUAAUAAUUAAGUUACAAAUGUUUUAAAUUAGUUACUGGAUUAAACAAAUUUAAUGUUGCUGACAUAAGAA